CACAUGAACGGCGGUGAUAAAUCCAGGGAGCAGCAGCAGCAGCAGGAACAAAGGAAGGAGGGAGCCGAGCAGCUCGCUAGCUCCGCUUCACCGUCAUUUCACUUUUUCUCUUCCCUUCCGAACCAGACAGUCUCUUCUACUCGAUCUCCAUCUUUGUUUUUAACACUUUCCAGACAGAGUUUGCGGGUUUUUGGAGUGCCCGGUUUUUCCCGGGGAGGUUUUUCUGUUUCUCCUGGAUGCUUUGGUCGGAAGGCUAGUUCACCUAUGGAUUGUGUUCCCCUCGGGCUGUAGAGCUGGAGUGCCUAGCAGCAUCUUUCUGCACUGGUCUCGCAGCAUCCCUGUGCGCCCAUGAGGUAACGUCCGGACCUACUGGCCCCUCAUCGCCACCCUUUGUCCAUCCUUCUUCCCUCCCCUCUUCCCUCUCCUCCCUGGGAUCGCCCAAGCCAUGGGCCAGAAGAUCUCUGGCAGUAUCAAGUCAGUGGAUGUACGUGGGGAGCCCUCAUAUCGCCCAGUGCGUCGUGAACUACGGGGUCCGGAUUUCUGUCGGCCACCAAGACUAGAUUUACUUCUUGACAUGCCGCCGGCCACCCCCGAGACACAAAUUCGCCACGCCUGGAACCCCGAUGACCGAUCGCUUAACGUCUUUGUCAAGGAGGACGACAAGCUGACGUUUCACAGGCACCCUGUGGCCCAGAGCACGGACUGCAUUCGAGGGAAGGUAGGCUACACCAGGGGCCUCCAUGUUUGGACGAUUCACUGGCCAACAAGACAAAGAGGCACUCACGCUGUAGUAGGAGUGGCUACGGCUGAGGCGCCUUUGCAUUCGGUUGGCUACACGGCCCUGGUGGGCUCGGACUCGGAGUCCUGGGGCUGGGACCUGGGCCGGAAUAGACUUUAUCACGAUGGAAAGAACAGACCUGCAAACUCGUCAGCGCCUACAUACCCUACCUUCCUGGAGCCGGACGAGUCCUUCGUGCUCCCAGACUGCCUGACGGUGAUAUUGGACAUGGACGAAGGGACGCUGAGCUUUAUGGUGGAUGGACAGUAUCUGGGAGUGGCCUUCAGGGGGCUAAAGGGAAAGAGGCUGUUUCCCAUUGUCAGUGCAGUCUGGGGGCACUGUGAGGUGUCGAUCCGCUACGUCAACGGACUAGACCCGGAGCCCCUCCCCCUCAUGGAUCUGUGCAGACGGGUGGCUCGGCUCGCCCUGGGCCGGGAACGCAUCCAUCACAUCGAGGCGCUUCCACUGCCGCAGACCCUGAAAAACUACCUCCAGUACCAGUGACUGCUCCCCUUCAUACGCCCAGAUCACAGCCGGACCCCUCCCACCCUGAAACGGGGGAGUAGGGGUGCAGUUAGCGGGGGAUUGUUUACACCUUUUAGGAAGUUUUUAGUUUGACAGUUUUAAAUCGGUUUAUUGGUUCCGUUCUCUGCUUUCAGACAUUUUUUAAAGGAAUUAUUGUUUAGCGUCACGCCGUCCACAGUCAGAGGCCUUAGCACCGGUUUAACCAACGCUCUGCUCCACUUCUACAGACGAUGAAAACGCAACCGUUCCUGUGAGCUGCAGGAGGGAGAGCCAAUCCUGCCAUGCAUACCAUGUGCUUUUUUUUUUUUUUCUUUUAUCGCACACAGAUCCCGUUUACAGUGUAUGGAAACACUGUCUGUAGCAAAAGCACAGCGGCGUAGAAAGCAGCAGUUUGAAUGUUUGAAAUCUGUCUCCAUGCAUCUCAAUCAUUUCCUCCACUCUGAGUUUUUCUUCUGUGGAGAUAUUUGAACUGGAAGGACCGCAGGCUGCAGUCAUCCUGCGGCGUCUUCUUCAGCUGCUGAUGAUAGGAAGCAUCCCGAUAGGAAACGCAGAACGUUCAGUCACAUCAGAGUUAAAAAUGCUGCUGCUUCUUUUUCUCUUUUUUUUUUCUCUUAACUCAUUUAUUUUUUUUAUUAUUGAUUUAAAGUUCUUUUUUUAAUAAAAUGUCUGCUGGCAUAUCUCGCAUGCAUAGGUUUGAAGAAUGUGCUGCCAUGAAAAUCUUUUAAAAUGUGAAUUAAAAAUAAACUGCUAAGCAAAC